AAUAUUAUCUUUUUUCUUUCAAGAAAUGGCAAGAAUACACCCUUGUAUUCCUUCUUCAUCUUCGUCAUCAUCCUUCUGUUCCAAUGAAAGAGAAGCAUAUACGAUAUGGAUGAAGUCACUUGUUUUAAACUCAAACGGGUAUACAGUAUACAAUUCUAAAGCCGAUGUCGUUUUUCGUAUCGAUAAUUAUGAUAACAAACGUAGUAACGAAGUCUAUUUGAUGGAUCUUCGUGGAAAUGUCGUAUGCACAAUACUUCGAAAGAAGCUAUUGAGAUUCGGACUCUGGGAGUGUUAUAACGAUAAAGAUUGUAGUGAACCAUGGUUUGAAGUCGGAAAAACCUGUAACUUUUUCAAGAACCAUUCAGUUUACAACGUUUUAGUUGGAACCAAUGAAGCACGUAGUCUAUGUAGCUCGAAACAUACAAUGGAAGGAUCGUUUGACAGUUUAGAGUUCAAGAUAAAGGAUGGAGAAGGAAGAGUUGAAGCUCUGGUACAAAGAAAACGAUCAUCUUCAGGAGUUGUGUUGGGCGAAGAUGUGUUACUUGUGACUAUAGAGCCUCAUGUGGAUCAUAUCUUUGUAAUGGCUCUUGUCGCGAUACAUGCAUUAAUUCAUCACAGAAUGUAGAUAAUCUUCGUAGGUCAUUUUUGGUUUAUGUACAAAAAUGUCUUUUUGUCAUUGGUAUUUUUUUUAUGAGACUGUUUCGAUUCCAAAAAAGCAUUGGCACAUGAAUCUGGGAUCCCGAGUCUCGUUUCUAAGUUCGGGUUUUUUUGUCUGUUUUGAUUCCCGUUGAACGAACUUUGGUGUUUUGAUUAUUUGUAUAGAAAAAGAUUUGAUGAGUUAUUUUUGUUCUCCAUAAAGAUGAAACGGCUCUGAUUUAGGACCGGAUGUUCAUGAUCUCCCGCGUGUAAUUUUUCUUUUUCGAUAGUGAAAUUUGUGCAUGUAAAAA